ACGUCCAAGAAACAAUGGGAAUAUUUAUUGACAAGCUGUCAUACAUCUAUGUGUGGGUUUAUGGUGCUCUAUGUGUCCUUCGGGCUCUAUGUGAGUAUAGUCGGUCAUAGGCAGAAGAGCAAAUACUAAUUUAGAACCUGUGCUUGAAGAGGGGCAAGAGAAUUGGCCGCGCCAUUGGAGUGAAGGGAAUUCCAGAUUGGAGCCAGAAGAGGAGAAUGAGCGACCUCCCUCUGAGUGACAGUUGAAUGGUAGUUUCGACAGAAUGCCUCGGUUGUUGCAGCAGAGACUACGUGGAGGGGAGUAGAGUGAGAUAAGAGGUAGGAGAGUAUGUAGAGGGGAGUAGAGUGAGUUGCCGAGUUUUCAAGGACGAGUCCAUCUUGAAGACGGUGAGGAGUCUGGAAGCAGAGUUUUGGAUCAACUGGAGUUUGAAGAUGAGAGAACUGAGGACGUUGCAAUAGCAUGAAGGCAUGGAUGAGGAACUCGGCAGCAGCUAGGGAUUGUCGCAUCGCUCACCCUGUUGUCAAGUGCACCUACUGCCGCACAGAAUUCCAGCAGGAGAGCAAAACCAAUACAAUUUGCAAAAAGUGUGCACAGAACGUGAAGCUGUAUGGCACGCCCAAGCCGUGCCAGUACUGUAACAUAAUCGCGGCGUUCAUCGGCACCAAGUGCCAGCGCUGCACCAACUCUGAGAAGAAGUACGGGCUGCCCCUCGCCUGCGAGCAGUGCAAGCAGAGGUGCGCCUUCGACCGCAAGGACGACAGCAAGAAGAAGGUGGACGGGAAGCUGCUGUGCUGGCUGUGCACGCUGUCGUACCGCCGCGUGCUGCAGAAGGCCAAGGAGCAGCACCGAGGGCUGGGGGCGGCGCAGCACCGCUCCUCCCAGGACGAGCGGCAUGGGGCACGCAAGGAGCAGCACACGCACCGACACCACAAGUCCCCUGGCCCUGCCUCCCAGAACGAUCCUCCGCAGAAGAAGCCCAAGGUGGAGAACAAACCCAGCAAUGGAGACAGUGUAUCCGGUGACGCCACCAUGGACUCGGCGAGCUCGGACAACUUCAUCCUGAUCACUCAGCUCAAGGAGGAGGUGGCUCUGCUGAAGAAGCAGCUCCAGCAGAAGGAGGGGCUCAUCCUGGAGAGAGACCGCAAGCUCACGGAGAUCAAGGCCGACUUCCAGUACCAGGAGAACCUGAUCCGAACCAAGAUGAACAACAUGGAGCGCACGCACAAGGAAUCCAUUGAGCAUCUCCAGGUGAAGAACCGGGAACUUCUCAAACAGGUGUCAAGCCUUUCUAAGGGAAAGAAGCCAGAGAGGACCCUGACUAGCGCCUCCUCGUCCCCCUAACCUCCAGGUCCCCAUGACUCGCUCUCACUUCAUACCCUUCCCCAUGUCACCCCUGGGUUUAUAUAAAGAGGUAUUUACUAAAAGUCGGUGUUGAUGUCUAUUGUGCUGACAAACCUACGGUAGCGUGCAAUCAUGUUCAGUGCGUUACUGGGUUGUAGCGCAGUAUCACUUGUCGCCUCGCAGGGUGUACUGCCGUGAUCAUAAACAAGGUGGCUAAAGCGGAUGUGUAGUUCGAGCUGAAAGGCGUUGUGGCGGACUGACUUUAUAUCUCGCACCACUAAUAUAAUUCUGCCAGCUGGAACGACGGUGCACAUGGGGACGAGUGGUGGGGUAGCAGUGCUGUGGGAUUUGGGACAAAACUACACUCCGAUAGACCAUUGUUGUGCUGCCCAACUUCACAGUUCUACCAAUUCUGUGCAACCAACUGCCCAAGUGAGGUAGGGCUAAAACAGAUGCUUUGUACAAAGACAAAUAUCCCCCUUCUAGCCUGAACAGAUUCUUGGGGCAAGUGCUGUUACUGAGCACCUAUGAAGGCCAGCACGGCACACGAGGAGGUGGAUGCUCAGCACCACGCCCGGCCGCCUUUGUCUUCCGAGCGGCAAUGGUUAUGCAUCACAUUAGAUACUCAUUUGAGGCUGAGUCGGCCUCGGAGAGGCCCAGGACUCAAUUCCGAUAAUCAUCACUGGUCUUGGCCAUGAGCUAGAAUCGAACUCUCUUUGCUAGGUUCGUAGCGCAGUGUGCUAACCACUACACUACUGCUCCCCUACCUAAACAUGCACCCUAUCAGCCACCCCUAUUCCUGACGGAAGCCAAAAUGCUUCCCAUAAGCUUGCAAAAACCAGACACAGAACUCUGCUGUCCUCCACAGAACCGUUAUUAGUCCCUUUACAGCGUUACCAGCACAUGCAUUCAUUUGGCCAAAGUCUAUCUGCAUGCAACCACAAUUUCCGCAGUCACAGGUAACCACCGUGCCACCACGCUUACAAAAUCAAGGUAGGCAACCCAACCAUUCCCAUGGUGAGCAUGCUUCAUCCUCUUAAGGGUUGGCAUCACCAAGGAAAUAUGGGUAGCUGCUCGUGCCAGGGUCUGCCUACCCUCAGAGGCGUAGCUAGGAUAGUUUGCGCCCAGGGACGAACUAUAAAAUUGGCGCCCCCCCCUGUAAAUUUUAAUGAAACAUUGUAUUUAAAGAAGCAAAUUUAUAGAAAUUAUAUUACAUGGCUCACUCAGUCACUGUCGUAGACUGGUUGGCAUAGUCUACAAAAUAUUAAUUUUUCUUGAUUUCGCUGUCGCAAACUGGCCAAUCACGUAAACAACAUCUGUUUUUCCCAAUGUUUCUCUUUCAACGCUAAGAAGAGCAAGAUCGCUGAGACGAUAUUGUCCCAUUGAAGCACGCAAAUACGACAAAAUAAGUUUCAAAUUGCUGAACGACCGCUCACAGCUUGCAAUUGAAACUGCUAUUGUUAAUACAAUUUGCAGUGAAAUUCGCAAAUUCGUAAAUAUGUCGUCUCCAUAAAACACAAUAAAACCAAGAAGAUCCAAAGGAGUUUCUGGUAGAACUUCAUUCCGGUUACUGAGCAGCAUUUUGCAAUCUCCAAUUUCUGUGAAAAGUUUGUGGCCAUUGAUGUCGGUGUCAUAGAAAUUUCCAAAAUCUGUGCAAUUUCGACGAAUUGCAUCGAUAUCUGUGUCGGAUAGAAGAGUUUUGACGUCCAGCAGAAAUCCAAAUUUUGUGUUCAGGUAUUUUAGUCGAAAAAACCGUGUUGACAUCUCCUGUUGAAGUCGAUAAAAUACGCUCUUCAUAACGCGCAUAAUUUCUUCUUCUGCUGAAAGUCCUGCAUCUCUUGCCAGUUCUCCUGGCAUCUUCCGACGUCGCCUAAUUCUUCUGGACAGGAUAUCAAGGCGCACUGGUUUUUGCAGAUGACGCCUUCUUUUCCUCAUCAGUCUGUGAUCUCUAGCGUGCCCUUGAACAGUUUGAUGCCGAUUGUGAAGCGGCUGGGAUGAGGAUGAGCACUUCCAAAUCUGAGGUCAUUGUUCACUCCCGGGAGACGGUGGAUUGUGCUCUCCAGGUGAGGGGGGGGGGAAGCUACCCUUAGUGGAGGAGUUUAAGUACCUCGGGGUCUUUUGCGAGUGGUAAGUGGGAGCGGGAGAUUGGCCGGCAGAUCGGUGCGGCAUCUGCAGUGUUGCGGGUGCUGUACCAUUCUGUGGUAAUGAAGUUGGAGCUGAGUUCUCGAAUAAAGCAGUCGGUUUACAGGCCAAUCUACACUCCCACCCUCACCUAUGGUCAUGAGCUUUGGGCAAUAACCGAAAGGAUUAGAUCGCAGGGUACAAGGGGCCAAAAUGAGGUUUCUCUGCAGGGUUGCCGGGCUCACUCUCCGUGAUCAAGUGAGGAGCUUAGUAAUCCGGGAGAGCCUCAGAGUCGAGCUGCUGCUCCUCCGGAUCGAGAGGAGCCAGUUGAGGUGGUUCGGGCACCUGGUAAGGAUGCCCCCCGGUAGAUUUCCGCUGGUUUCCUACCGGGCACGUCCCACUGGGUGCAAACCCCGGGACCGACCUAGGACACGCUAGUGGGACUAUGUCGCUCGGCUGACCUGGGAACGCCUGGGAAUUCCCUAGGAAUGACUAGAGUCUGUCACCAGGGAAAGGGAGGUCUCGUCCACCCUACUCAACAUGCUGCCGCCGCGACCCUCACCAGGACAAGCGAAUUGAGGACCGAACGAACAUCUGCUGCACGAUUGUUCAGGUGGAAAUCGCUUGCGGUGAUUUUGCAGGGAUUUGGUCUGAGACUCCAGCCACUAGUCUAACCAUAUCCACCUGCUCUCAGCCUUACGGGCAAUUCCAUUCAGACAUAAUGAAGCGAUUAUGCGCAAUGAGGACAUGCCACUCGUCCAACCAAAAUGCACCAGCACCAGCCUCAUUGGAAAUUCAAUUCAGUCACUGGGGUAAUUGUGCAGUUUAACAACAUUUUGGAAGUUCAGCCUCGCCAAUGGCCCAUCUUGUAAAGGCCAUUGUUCUCCCUGCGUCGUGCGAAUAUCAGAUAAAUUAUAAACCCAUUCAUCUAACUCGUUCGGCUUUUCUUCAAGGCACCCUGUAUAGUUAAAACACACCUUGCCCAUAGCACCUGGCUGAUCACUGGGUUCCUUCCAAUAUCCAGGUCUGGAAUACAUGGGGGGAUGUCUAGGCCUUGUGCCAGGUGCAGCCAAAGUUCUACCACAAGGAUGUGUUCAGGUCUCUGGCAUGAUGGUACAAUUGCAUCGUUUAUGCUGCUCACUACCUGCUGCAGAAUUAACACGACUAUAAAAUGACGUAGUUAUACAUUAUGAUGUCAAUUAUAUUUCUACUAUCAGCAUGUUGCGAAUAAAGAGACGUUAGUAAAUAUAAUAUAUAAUCUAAAAAUGGGUUGAUAAACACUUCUGGAAUGUCCCUCGUAUGGUGGGAAGCGACUAUAUGUGGACUUUAUGGGACCUCGUCUUCUUGGUUCGGUAAAGUCACGUAGAAGGGAAAUAAUACAAUUUUAAAAAAUUUAACGUAAAAAAAUAUUUUAUUAUUUAUUAUUUCCCUUCUACGUGACUUUACCGAAAGAACCAAGAAGAUGAAUCCCUGCAGUCACGAAAGCUUUAAAUCGAAAUUUAUGGGACCUCUCUUGCCAGUAUCAGAAUAUAAGAAUAGGUUUUACCAUUUCUAGCAAUCAAAAAGGUGUUAAGAUGUUAAAACACCAAUCUGAAACCUUUUGUAAGGAAUCAUGUCUCAAUUAACCACAUAUACUUGUGGCAAACAUGCAAACAAAAAAAUGGUUCAGUUUGGUGUUCUCACAUCUUAACACCUUUUUUAUUGCCAAAAAGGGUAAAAACUUUUCUGAAAUUUUGAUACUGGCAAGGGAGGUCCCAUGAUGUAGCUGCUCACCCCGAGCGCUCAAUGUCCUGACAGUGGCAUUUUGUCUUUAUGCUCUUCGCCUUUUGGCGUCCUCUGGUCGAACACUGUUUGAGACGAGGCUCUAAAGAAAGCUGUCUCUGGUGUGGACCAAUCAGUUUCAAAGCCAAUGCCUCUUCUACCAGAGCAUGUUUUUUUGUGUGCAUGUUCACCACAAGUGUAUGUGUUGAUGCAGACAUGAGUCCUUGCAAAAGGUUUCUGUUUGGUGUUUUAACAUCCCAACACUUGUGUUAUUGCCAGAAAGGGUAAAACCUAUUCUUAUACAUGCAGGCUGCUGUUCGACGAGCGGUAUGGAAAAUGCCUUCUCAGCGAAAAACGCGACGUCAGUUCGUGACGUUAGAACAUUCCGCCUAAUUUUUACUUUGUGUAACUUUUUUUAUUAGUCCUAGAUCAGAUGUAGAGUAGGUGGAGAUUUUAUUUUUUUACUCGGUAAUGUUUUUAUACGACGUUUUUUUGGUUGGUGGAUAUCGAUGAUGAUGAUGAUGUGUGGGAGAGAAAUAAAAACGUGGACCGCAUGGUGGUUCAUUGCCCGUGCUGUGCUUCACUGACCUGAGAUGCACAUUACACACCACAUGCCAGCCAGCCAGCAAAUCUUAUUUUUGCUGGUUUUCCUUUUGUCUUUUUGGUGAUCCAGGUCACUCUUGCAAUUAAGCCUCAUCCUGGUGUCAUGAGUUAUCACUCAGUUAAACAAAAUAAACUUGAAUAGUCAGCAUUUCAUGAU